AUGCGUCCUUUUGCUUUUCUCGGUCUCUCGGCGCUGGCUACCGCAGCUAUCACUCGUCCGACAAUAUCGGACCACAGCAAAGUCAUUGAAGAGGAGGCUGGCCGAGAAUACACGGUGAAGCUGGAAUGCGUGGGAUGCCCGCUGCGUGCUUGGACGAGUCCUCAUAAGGCAGAAUGGCUGCAUCCGGCACCAAAGAACUCUCUAUUGCUCAAGUUCGUCUUGACCGAAUUCAACGAUGCGUUACUUCUCAACGACCAGCGCAUAUUCCCUCUCGAUCCCAUGCCUCUCAACAUAAACGCGAAGCAGGUCAUCACCGAGGUGGAGCAGGAAGAGACGGAUGCGGAUUCCGAAGACGGCACAAAUCCCAACAGACACCGGAGGAUACUGUUUCCCCUACAAUAUGAGCAUACAAUCUUCCGCGCCGACGAACCAGAACUCUGGUGGCUCCAGUUCAAUGCGACUGGCUUGCCAUGGGGAGAGACCGCUGAACCAAUCAAGUUGGGUCAGAGGAUUGUUCAGAUCUUGGUGCGCAAGGAACACGAUGAGAAUUUGGAAGGUGGAUAUAUACUCUCCAUCGAAGAAGUACUAGUCGUCUCCGCAAAGGGCAAGAUGCCACCGCCGAGGAUGAAGUGUGGCAAGCUGGCCAUGGUGCGAACAACGUUUGAUCCACGUGAGUGGGACGAGUACGGUAGAUUUGGCACGUUGUCGAGGGCCUGGAACGCUUUUGUUGGCAGAAUACAGGUUGGAAAGGAUGCCCUACUUCUCCCGCUCCUUGCACUGCUUGCGGCUAGCCUCGUCAUGGCACGUCGCCUGUUUCUGCAGAGACAGCAGGAAAAGCCUGGCACAGACUCUGAGGCCGAGACUGCUCUGUUGGGCCGAGAUGCGCCUCCGCCAUACGCAGACAUACCUGUGAUCAAGAUUGAAGAGUAUGAUUAG